AUGGCAGCCGCCUCUUUCCGCUACGGCGUGACCAUCACUGGGGCUGUGCUGCUGGUGACGGGGACGCUGUGUUUUGCCUGGUGGAGUGACGGUGAGGUGGGCACCUACCAUUUUCCCAGGGACCUGCAGUACUUCACCGCGGAGCCUCUGGAGAAGUGGAACUGCAGCACCUGGGACUCCAGCGCCAUCCCCACCUAUGAAGAAGCCCUGACCUGCAGACCUGCCCAUGUUGCCCCAGCCUACGUCCAGCCCCCGGGGAGGAAGGAGGAGCUCACGCCGCCCCUGUACCGCUACCUGGAGGAGGACGAGGGCUGGCAGGGCGGCCGCCGGGUGAGGGGAAGGCAGAGGGGUCCGUCUGGCUCUCUGAGCGAUCGGUCCGGGGCUGUUGGGAUUGCGGGUCCUGUGGGUGAUGCGUUCGGGGCGGCGGAGGCAGUGUCCUACAAAAAGCCACCCUGA